AAGACGAAGAUGUGAGUAUGAGCCUCCUGUUUCUCGUAAUGAAACUUGUAUCGUAACAACUGAAGAUGAUCCUCGUCAGGUAGCUUCUUGCCGCGGCGAAUCAAUUUCGCCCGCCAAAAAAUGAUUGGCGAUCAGUACGGCGCAAUGAGCCGGCCCACGUUGCUGGAAACGGUCGACCACCGCUCGGACGAGGGGUUGCUGAACGACCACCUCUACCGGUUACGCGCGGAUAUCGAUAUUCGCACGAGGCGAUUGGAGCAGGAACGGAGGCGUCUCUGCGAUCUGGAGGAGGGCGUUGCGAAGUGCCGUCGGGAAUUCGAAACCAGACGAACGCGGUACCAGAAGCUCAAACACGAGUACGAGGGAAAAGCCGGAACGGAGGUAGGUGUUUUGCUCGUGCGGUAAACAUGGUUUUCUCUCGGCGCACCUCUUCUGGUGGUUCGUAUGAUCUGCAUCUGGUUGGGAGUCGCCUUUCGUGUGAAGUGAAAAACUCAACUUUUUUUUCAGCACGGCCAGGAGCGGUUACUGGAGACGCUGUUUCAGAAAUUGAAUCUCCUCCACCACAAAGACUCCGAGUACGUUGGGACAAUUACGAAACUUCGCCAGGAACGGAAAAAGGUUGAUGGAAUCUUCAAACAGCUCAAACAGGACAUCCAGACACAAACGAGAGAGGUACUGACUUUGCCUAUACCUAUACGUCGCUCGCUCUUUUCUCUUGCGUACAAGUAAGUAGCGCUUUCGAGUGUUUUUGCAUACCAAAAUGAAAAUUUUUUCAGCUGAUCCGCGCCACCCAUGUGUACGAGCAAGCGCAGGGCGAAAAGGAGGAGAUGUUGGCCCAAACGAGAUGCGUGGAAAAGCGCAUGAAGGAGCAGCGGAAAGAAUUCAAGGAUAUGGUCCAGAAUAUGCGGGAGGACUACGCGAAGCAGGAACGGAUCCAGCGCGCCCUCCAGCUCCGGCAACAACGUGCGACCUCUGCGACCGCAAGGAGUAACCGUCUGCAAGCCGAUUCCCGGGUGACCCUUGGGCCUGGCGCCGGGCGGGGAGGCAAAGGCAAUAACCAGCCUGCGUUACCAGCACCCGGACCGCCUGGAGCAGGCAAUAAUUCUCGCAGUACAACUACCGCAGCUGCACAUGGAGCUGCUGGUGUCGACCAGCAAAACAGAAUACCAGUUCCGCCAAAUAGCCUUCAAGCCGGCGGGUCCUCUUCUUCUACCCGAGGGAACUACCCUGCCGGACAUCACAAAGGCGGUGUGUCGCCGUCAACCAGAAGUAUUCUGUGGAAGAAGAAGCACGCGGCCAACCUCGACAUCAGCAUUCCAGAGGAGGAAAGGCAAUUCGACGCGCAGGUGCUUUGUCGCCGGAUCUUCCGGAACGCCUUUUUCAACGCGAUUCAACGGCGCAGAAUCAGGCAGUACACGAAGAACAUCGAGAUCUUCGUAUUACAACGAAAAAUGCCCCCACCCCCGAACUUGGGAGCAUUUGUAUUGCAAACCUUUCCAAAUGAAACAUUCGCCGUCUUGCAUCUGUCAGCAUCACAAGUUUCUUAUCGUGAAUAGCAAAAAUUUGUAUUGCAAAAGACCCCAGCACGAGCGGCUCUUGUCAUGCAAGCGAUGCGAUCCAUCCCUAGAAUCAGCAUCAGAAAGAUUCAUACUCCUUUCCUGCAUGACAAAAAGUUUUCAUUUGGAAACUGCUCAUCACAAAUAUUUGCAAUGUCAGGAAUGGCAAUGGGGGGCACUUUUCACUGUAAUACUUCGACCAGGCAUUUGACACGAUCAGGACCCUGACCGGGAUACAAAAUUUGGAGGAAAUCGUGCGGAUCUUCACGGAAAUGGAGGACCGGUCCUACAGCUUGCUCACCUACGUCAACACUCUGCACGCCGACAUUGAGCAGCUGGAGGUCGCGAACAAGCAAGCGCUGGACCACAUCUACUCCGCGCGGCACCGACAGAAUUCGCCGGACUUGGGCCGGAAAAAAGCGCUGUUGAGAAGUUUGGAAUCCAAAAUUCACCAGGAGGAAGCUGUCGUGUUGGAAAAGGAAGCGGAUAUACAACGAGGUAACAAGAAGUAUCCAACAACUUUGUACGCCUUUUUAUGUUUCUGUCUUCGCAUUCUCUCUGAACCAAAACAAUUACCCGCUUGCGAUGCGUUCAUCUCUCAAAACAGGUUUGGAUAUCAUCAGCAAAGUACGGGAUCCAUUACAGAAGACCGUUGAGGUCAUGGGUGGGCUGCUGUUUGAAGCUUUGAAACUCCCAGAGGACUACAACACUCCGACCGGACAGCGGCUCAACGCACUGACAACGCUGACGAAACAGCAUGAGCAGGUAGAUCGCUUGCAAUGCCAAUGCGAUCUCGUAGAAGUUUCGUUCAAUGGUGAUCAUGCAUGUUGCCGCAUCAUUCCGCACUCGCAACAAACGAAGCUUUCUCACACCUACAGGUCCACGACAGUGCGUUGAUUGUGCCAAUAGAGGGAAUGCACAUUCUUGAGAACAUGCACGAACACCCGGUGCAAGAGCUGCUGAACUUCGUCGAGCAUAACCUCUUACACUUCCGGGACUACAUGGCCUCCUCCGCUCCAUUACGAAUCCUGAACAAGCCGGCGAUUGGAAAAGCCAUGCGAAAACCGCAAGAUUUACCAACCGCGAAACUCGAAGACUCGGACACGGAAGGCGACGAAAUGCCGAUGAGUCGCGCGGAGCUCCGCCUGGCGGUGGAAAAGUCCAUUCAUGCGAGGAAGAAAAAACGCGCUUGAUGAGGAUGUGAUAGAAGAAAUAGAUGGAUCAGUGAAGAUCUGAGGCAUGGAUGUUUUUGAAUCAGAAUCAUAGUUGAUGCAGUAUACACUCCUGAAAUUUGUGACAAGCAAGUGCGUUUUUUGCUUCGGCGUUGUGCUUCUCGCUUCUGUAUGAUCUUCCAACAAGAGUAAGAGUUUCAGUUUUUAAGCGUGAUGUACUGCAAAGCGUACAUUUUUAAAGGUCAAAGACGUUCAAAGGUCAUGGCGGCUCUCUGUAAAAGAAAAACCGCCUUCGCGAGUCAAUCAGAACGCAUCAAAAUGUCUGUGGAACUGCGAAAAAAGGCAGGAACAUCGGGAGGAAGCUGACCGAGCUGGCACCGAAUAUGGUUUGCAGCAGUACCG